UCUUGGCCCGGGCACGGCCCCGCCGCCAUGGAGCCGAGCGGUGGGGGGCGGAAGGAGAGGCCGAAGCCCCGGGAGCCGGCGGCCCGCCUGGAGAAGGCCAAGCAGAAAUCGGCUCAGCAGGAGCUGAAGCAGCGGCAGAGAGCGGAGGUGAAUUUAUGCCUCAACCGAGUGAUGACGGAGCUGGAGCAGCAGCAGUUCGACUCCUUCUGCAAGCAGAUGCAGGCCUCCGGCGAGUGAGGCGACGUGUGCGGCUCCCCCAAAACAACCCAGACCCCCCCACGUCUGCUGCCCGUCCCCUUUUCUAACCCCUUUGUUAUUUAUUAUUAAAUAACCGUUUGGGUUUUUUUAAAUAAAAUCUGUGGUGGU